AUGAUUUGGAAACCUCUCUUUAGUGCUGUAGCCAUAUUGGCACAUAUUCUCCCAGCGUUAGCUGCCCCAACUCUCGAUUCAGAGCUGUCUAGCCAGUCGGAAGACAAAUAUGUCUUCGCCCACUUCAUGGUCGGUAUAGUAAAAGACUACCAGCUAGAAGACUGGAAAGAAGACAUGACCACAGCCCAAUCCAUCGGCAUCGACGCAUUCGCACUGAACUGCGCAAGCAUAGACAGCUACACCCCAACCCAGCUAGCCCUAGCCUACGAAGCAGCCGAGCAAGUCAACUUCAAAGUAUUCAUCUCCUUCGACUUUGCCUACUGGACCAACGGAGACACAGAAAAGAUCACAGAGUACAUGAAACAAUAUGCAGGCCACCCAGCGCAGAUGCAGUACAAGGGAGCCGCAGUAGUAAGUACAUUUGUCGGAGACAGUUUCAACUGGGAUGCAGUGAAACAAAACACGCCGCAUCCCAUUUACGCAUUGCCGAAUCUCCAAGAUCCGGCUGAGGCUACCACCGGCCCUGCUAAGAGUGCUGACGCCGUCUCACCGUGGUUCUCAACCCACUUCAAUACUAAGAACUGGGUUUUCAUUUGCGAGAACCUGCCGACAUUACGUUGGGAACAGAUGCUUUCCCUUCAGCCGGAUCUGAUUGAAAUAAUUACAUGGAAUGGUACAGUACCUUCAUGUCCCGGUAAAUUCACCAGAAAAGUCUCUCCUGACCGUUACAUAGACUACGGCGAAUCCCACUACAUCGGCCCGUACUCAGCUCAUCACAGCGACGACGGAUCAUCCCAGUGGGCAACUAACAUGCCCCACGACGGCUGGCGCAACCUGUUCAAGCCCUAUAUCGCAGCUUACAAGUCUGGGGCAAAAACGCCUACCGUGGAAGAGGAUGAAGUCGUGUUCUGGUACCGACCUACGCCCAAGGGCGUCGUAUGCACGGGGGAUACCCUCUCAGCACCGAUGGGUGCGGACAUGCUUAGUGAUAGUAUUUUUGUCGCGACUAUGUUGACGAGUCCGGCUACCUUGACUGUGCAGAGUGGGAAUAAUGCUCCUGUUGAGAUCGAGGUUCCGGCGGGGAUUGUUACCUCGAAUGUGACUAUGGGGGUUGGUGUGCAGUCUUUCAAGGUGGCUCGGGAUGGACAGACGAUUUUGAGUGGUCAGGGGGGUCUGGAUGUCAAGGAUAGCUGUGUUCAUUAUAACUUCAAUGUUUAUGUUGGGUCGAUCACUGGGGGAGGUGAUGGUGGUAGCUCGACCGGAGCUAGAGGUAGCAUGUGA